AUGUGCGGCGUGGGCUCGCGCAGGCUGGGGCGAGGUGAGGCGGCAGACGAGCAGCUGGACGCCGAGACAGGGAGCUCAUCAGCCGGUAAGUUUGGCGUGGAUCGGCCCGAGUUGGCAUCACCGUCUUUCCACCUCAGAUCCCCCGACGCGCCUUGUGGGGAUUCGGGGCCCACCGAAGCUCCAAAGAAGCCAAAGAAGCACGUUUCAAGCACACCGCUCCUCGCGCCCGCGCUGACGGCUGAUUUUCGCGACGCGCCGCUGACACCGAUCCAUCCAGCACACGAUGAGCCCGCAAUGGCGCUUGACCCAAGUAUCGAAAUGGCUUCCUCUCCGAAGCAGUUCCAACCCCCCGGCCUCUUCCAUCGCAUGAGGCAUGACAACAGCAUCCUUGCUCUUGUCGUCUCUGCCGACUACAUCUUCGCCGGCACCGAGGGCGGUGAGAUUCUCGUCUUCGGGCUCGAGACCUAUGGCCGCGUCGCCAUCAUCGAGGGCCACCGCGGCAGCGUGCUCGGCCUUUGCCUGUCGCAGGACCAGCAAUUGCUCUUCUCCAGCGCCGGCGACCGCAUCGUGAACGUCUGGAACACGCGCACCUUCGCACGCGAGUACUCCAUCUAUUCCGCCUACGACAUAGGCGAUGUCUUCUGCGUGUCCUACUCGUGCGCCUUGCGCACAGUCUACCUCGGCGCCCAAAACACCAGCAUCCAAUGGUACAACCUGAACGAGAAAGACAGGCGCCCGACGCCCAAGCCCACCGCCCACCCGUCUUUCCGCGAGGACCGCUUCUUCGAUUCUCUUGGCCCGGGCGGCAUCAGGACACCAAGACCAGAGUGCGCGGAUUCGCCCCGCGAUGCGAAGGGCGGUCAGGAACUGGAAAUCGAUCAGCAGUACAUCCACCAAUUCGCCCACUAUGGUUACGUAUAUUGCACGCUACUGGCAAGUGGCUCGGUGGCUGGUUACGCGGAUAAGGAGAUCCUGAUUUCGGGUGGCGGGGACGGAGUCAUCAAAUUGUGGAGGCUGGACCAGGACAACGGCGGCGCAAUUCAGGAACUACACGCCCUUGAUGAUGGUAGGGAAGAAGGCAAUGCCGUUCAGUCAAUGGUCCUGGACGGCACCUUCCUGUAUGGUGGCCGUCCGGACGGCGAAAUCAACGUGUGGGAUCUUGAGACGAAGCAGCUCGUGCGCAGCCUCAAGACAAAUGUCGGCGAUGUCUUGACCAUCACCAUUGGCGGAGGCUUCCUGUUUGGCGCGGGAGAUCGGGGGUUCGCGCAGAAAUUCAAUCGCCAAUACGAACCGAUUGGCAGGUUUGAGGCUCAUGAUGGCCUGGUACUUGCGUCUGCGUUCGGAAGCUUCAACGACAGGCCUGUCUACGUUACCGGCGGCAACGAUGCAACCAUCGCUGUUUGGGAUGUUCGAGAUUGCCAGCUCGUUCCGCCAAAGUCUGCGGCAACAAGCAAUGAGCAACUCUUCGAGUUCCUUAAGCGGUUCGUGUCGUACCGGACUGUCUCAUCGAACCCUCGGUAUAAGGUGGACUGCAGGAGAGGGGCCUCGUAUCUACGGUCCGUUUUCAAGAAUUUCGGAGCUGCUACCGAAAUGCUCAACACCGAAGAACCUUACAACCCCGUGAUAUUCGCAAAGUUCAGGGGAAACCCUGCGACAUCCAACGAUAGAAGGAAGAUUCUGUUCUACGGUCACUACGAUGUAAUUGCAGCCGAAAACGAGGACAACAAAUGGCUCGUGGAUCCAUUUUCCAUGGAGGGUAUCGAUGGCUAUCUGUACGGUCGCGGCACAUCCGACAACAAGGGGCCCAUCAUGGCCGCCAUUUUCGCCGUGGCCGAGUUGUUGGAGGAGCAGGCUCUCGAGUCUGACAUCAUCUUCCUCAUUGAGGGCGAGGAAGAGUCCGGUUCCCGCGGCUUCCACGAAGCUGUACAGCGAAACAAGGAGCUCAUCGGUGACGUCGACUGGAUACUCCUCGCCAACAGUUAUUGGCUCGACGACCAUGCACCAUGCCUGACUUACGGGUUACGUGGGGUGAUUCAUGCAACCGUCCAAAUUGAGAGCCCCCACCCUGACCUUCACAGCGGUGUCGACGGAAGCUCUCUUCUUGAUGAGUCCCUGAAAGACUUGAUCAUGUUGCUUGCGAAGCUGACUGGCCCGCAUGGGAGGAUCGAGAUCCCUGGCUUCUACGACCCGAUUCCUCCCAUCAGCCCCGAGGAGAAGCAGCUGUACGACGAAAUCGGACAGUCCCUCAUCUCCCGCAACCCGGACUUAGGUGAUCCCGAAGACCUCGUCAACUCCCUCAUUCGACGAUGGCGCGAACCCUCUCUGACGAUCCACCGCUUCCACACCUCGGGCCCGGAAAACUCGACCAUCAUACCCCGCCUUGCCUGCGCGUCGCUGUCCAUCCGACUGGUGCCGAACCAAGAAGCAACGGAAGUCGCGUCCGCCCUCACCGACUAUCUCAACGCCGAGUUUCUAAAGAUCGAAUCGAAAAACAAGCUCGCCGUCACCGUCGACCACCUCGCGGAGCCCUGGCUGGGCGACUUCAACAACGAGAUCUACAAAACUCUCGAGGCCGCCAUCACCGAAGAAUGGAAGCCCGUCCAAGAGCGCCGCCGCAGCUCCGUCGUCCUGGGCAACAUCCGCCACAUCCCUUCCUCGCCGUCCUCUUCCAACAACGGCGGCGGUCAGGCGCUGUCGCUGUCAACGCCGGCUGCGACGGGCGGCGGCUACUUUGACCACGCCGCCGGCGCCAACGCGCUGCGCUCGCCCACGACGUCGUCGACGCUCGCCAACGGCAGCGUCACGCCGGCGGCGGAGAAGACGAGCGACGACCCCACCGUCUGGAAGCAGCCGCUCAAGCCGCUGUACAUCCGCGAGGGCGGCAGCAUCCCGAGCAUCCGCUUCUUGGAAAAGGAGUUCGACGCCCCCGCCGCCCAUCUGCCGUGCGGCCAGGCGAGCGACAGCGCGCAUUUGGACAACGAGAGGCUCAGGUUGGUGAAUCUGUAUAAGAGCAAGGGGAUCUUUAAGAGGGUGUUUAGAGAUUUGCCGCGGAAGUGA